CUCACCACACCACUUGUCUUUUGAUAUUGUUGUUUAAUUUCGGUGCGUCUCGUUUCUUUUCCCCUUUUUUCUUCUCCUCCGAUGCCGAUGCCGGCCGACGGAGCCGCCGUGAUGGAUGCCGCCGGCGUCACCAAGGAAUUCAUGUUGUUUGGAGUCAGAGUCGUGGUGGACCCGAUGAGGAAGAGCGUUAGUAUGAACAAUCUCUCUCAGUAUGAGCAUCCUCUCGAAGCUUCCAUUGAUGACAAUAGCCGUAACAGUAAGAUCACUGUCUCUGCCGCUGAUAGGAAGGAAGAUUCCGCUGCUGGUUACGCUUCUGCGGAUGAUGCCGUUCCCAAUUCCGGUGGGAAUCGCGAGCGUGAACGCAAGCGAGGUGUACCGUGGACGGAGGAAGAACACAAGCUUUUCUUGCUGGGAUUGCAGAAAGUGGGGAAAGGAGAUUGGAGAGGAAUUUCGAGGAAUUUUGUUAAGACUCGAACCCCAACUCAGGUUGCUAGCCACGCCCAAAAAUACUUUCUACGCCGAAGCAACCUCAAUCGUCGCCGCCGUAGAUCCAGCCUCUUUGAUAUCACCACUGAUACGGUAAAAGUGGCUGCUGAGGAAGAGCAAAUUCAAGUUCAACAUAAUUCCUCCCAAUUGCAAUCCUUGUUGCCACCUCCACCACCUGACACUUGUACCAUAAAUGGAUAUCAUCCUGUGAUGCCAACCUUUCCUUUGUCUGUUUGCCCUGCAAUUUUACCUGUACCAAUUCCAAUGGAAAACCCCACACUGAGGCAUGAAAACCUGGAGACUGAUACAUCAUCAAAGCAACUCCAUCCUCUUGCUGCUGAAGUUUUACCACUCAGUGCAACCACACCUGAGUUUAACUUGAAUUUGAAAUCGACAUUAAACUCGGGAGCUCUUUCUCUUAACCUUGCUUUGCCUUCAGACUCGUCCAAUUCGUCAAUGAAACACCCUGCUUUUCAAGGAAUUUCAAGUAUCAACAGUGGGGAUAACAUUAUCAGUGUUGCUUAAAAUCACUUUGUUGGCUUGAAUGGUAUAUUUUAGUGAUCUGGAACUGGAAGGCAAAGCGAUUAGGUAAUUAACUUCGGUUGUUUGUCGUAUGUACAUCCCUCCCCACCCCCAAGUAAAAAAAAGAAAAAAAGGAAAAAAAAAAUUUAGAGAACUGCCAUGGCUUCUUGUUUUCUUUGUUUAUGACGCCUUUACCUUUGGAUUCUUCUUCAUUUCAUUUGGUGUUUGCUUGUACAACUGAACCUAACAAGCAGUCUCUGCUCACUUCUGCUUAAUGAUAAGACAACUUGGUUUCUUCGAUA